UUCAAAUAUGCAAUUGGCCCAAAAGCCCACUUUGAGGCCCAAUAUCUCAGUAUUCACCACGGCAAACCCUAAUUCGCUAAACCCUAAAAAUCAUCCCUUUAAAUCCACACACAAAACCCCCCAUUUUCACACCUGUGCUCAAAAUCAUUAACCAAAUAUGUCGAAGCGGGGGCGCGGAGGAACGGCCGGAAACAAGUUCCGGAUGUCGCUGGGUCUGCCGGUGGCGGCAACGGUGAACUGCGCUGAUAACACCGGCGCCAAGAAUCUCUACAUUAUUUCCGUCAAGGGGAUCAAAGGAAGGCUGAACAGGCUGCCAUCGGCUUGCGUGGGAGAUAUGGUGAUGGCCACGGUGAAGAAAGGGAAGCCUGAUUUGAGGAAAAAGGUCAUGCCCGCCGUUAUUGUGAGGCAGCGGAAGCCUUGGAGGCGAAAGGAUGGCGUGUUCAUGUAUUUUGAAGAUAAUGCUGGUGUUAUUGUAAACCCAAAGGGAGAAAUGAAAGGUUCUGCUAUUACGGGUCCAAUUGGAAAGGAAUGCGCCGAUUUGUGGCCGAGGAUUGCUAGUGCUGCAAAUGCCAUUGUUUGAGCAACCUCUCGUCUACCAACAGCUCUAUGAACAGCUUAUUGCCUAUGAAGUCUCAAGUCUGUGAUUUCUUGAGAAUUAUGCCUUUACAUAUGUGAUUUCGAUUGGUGGUUUUACUGUUAAUAUAAUUCUCUAUUCUCUA